ACUUUUUACUGUAUAGGCCUAACAUUUCUAGCUUUGUCGACGUAAUAGAGCACACUUUUAAAAAGCACUGUCAGUUACUUACAAAGGUCAGUCUGAAAUGUUAACAAUCAUAAUAAUAAUUAUCUAAUAAUAGUUAGUGAAUUUUCAUUAAUUAAUAUUUGUGUGUUUUGGUCCUGUUUGUCAGGAGAAAGAUGUCUGGUGUUGAUCACAGUGUGUUUCCAGAUUAUUUGUGUUUUUCUGCUGAUCAAAAACAUAAUGCUGCACAUCACCAUCACAGCAGACAGAGACCUGAUAAAGAGUUACAAGAACACAGUUGAAGAGCUCAAUCAAACCAUCAACAGUUUACAGGACAAUUACACUGAUCUAAUGACUGAAAAACACCAACUGCAGAACAACUUCAGCUCUUUGAGUCAGAAGAAACAAGAACUGGAGACCAGAGUCACUUUUCUGAGUAGGUUCUUCAUGUCCACUGAGUUGAAGAGCUGGUCUGACAGCAGACAGUACUGCAGGGAUCGUGGAGCUGAUCUGGUCAUUAUCAACACUGAAGAGAAGCAGAGGUUCAUAUCUUCAUUAGUCAGUGAGAGAGUGUGGAUUGGUUUGUCUGACAGAGAGCAGGAGGGAAACAUGAAAUGGGUGGAUAAUUCAACACUGAAACAAGGGUUUUGGCUCAAAGGUGAGCCAAACAACUACGGUGGAAAUGAGGACUGUAUUCAACUGAAUUUUAAUAGAGGGAAGACGGGAUGGUCACCGCUGAACAGCUGGAAUGAUAUGAUAUGCUCUGAGAAGAUAAAGGGGAUUUGUGAGAAAUAGAGUUCAUCUCGUCUUGUGGUUUUGCUUCUGUUAUCUAAAUUAAUCAUUCUUAUUGCAAACACAUAAGUUCUGAUUGAGGUCCCUGCCUUAUAAAAUAACAAUCAGCUGAUCUCAAAUUUGUUAGAAGGAAAAUGUCAAAAUGUCAUUGUCUUAUCCAGUGAUCUGGGACACAAAACCUCUGAUGUGUUCAUGUUUUGCUCCAUCACAAGCAGCUCUAUAUUAAUAUGAUCUUAUUCUAGCUGUUAUCAUGAGUCUCAUUUGUUGAUCUGAAGUGUUGAGGAGACAAUCACAGUAAACUACAGAAGUCUAAAGUGUCCAGAUUACUCUGAUUCACCCUCUUAUUCUGAUGUUGAGUGUCUGUGAAACUGCUUUCGAGUUGAAUUGCUUUCUGUUUGAAUAAAAUGUUCAAUUACUAUCAUUA